AUACGAGUUGAUUCGUAUCUGCCAGGCUGAUUAUUGCCUUCCAGACACCAGUUGGUGUGAUUCUACUCUGGAUUUUAAUUGUUAGAAACUAUCUGCAUCCUUGUUACAAGAUGAACACAAAUGCAAUGAUCCGCUUGAUGUCAUUGCUGUCUAUCUGGAUGUGGACCGGAGAAGGUCAGUCGUUAUUCAAGCCCCAGCUCUCACCUGAUUUACAAGGCAAAAUCACCAGCAAUACGGUAAUACUGAAGGAGCCGUUUUGUGUUUUUGAAGGGCCAUGCGUUGGCUGUGAGAUAUGGCUGGUAGCUGCGCUGACUUCAGCGAUCAGCACCUUUGAUGCUCAACUUCAAAACUCACCGUCCGACAUCCUCAGCGUGUCACCCUACCCAACAGCGUUUGACCAAUCAUCGAAGAACUUCUUUGUGACUAGAGUUGGACGUCUGGAAAUCUUCCCCUGUGAUGGUUCCUCCAAUGAUUUGUACUUCCAAGUCGGAAAAGAGGGGAAAUGUACUACACCCAACUGUAAUGGAAUAUUACCUGAUGGAUCCAAAGUUAGUUUCAAGUAUCUUCUUAUCGAUGUGAACCAGAAUACUGUUGUUAGGUCAUCAGAUUGGUCUGAUAGCAUUCCUCUUAUGACAAAUAAAAACCCUCAAAGCAUUAAUGAAGGUCUAAGUGCGAGAUCUGGUGCCAUGGUUGUCAUUACUACCAUCCUAUGUGUGGCUGCGGCUUUGCUUUUACUCCUUUUCUUCAUCAUGCUAUGCGUAGCCUGCUGUGGCAGGAAAGACAUCUCCCAAAGCCAAGGCCAAGGGACAACUCCCAUGAGAGCCAUGAACUCAAUCCGUAUCCCCCGUUAUGACAUUCACAGCCUGAGGGGGCGAGCACACCCCUACGACAACCCAGGUUUCAUGUCGGAAGGGAAAAAUUAUUCCACAUCGGAGACUCUGCCCAAAUCUGGAAUACAGACACAGAAGCUGUGAGCUCCAUAGACACCAUCAUUGCAAAUAGCCUGUUCCAAGGGAAGCUAAAUUACUAUGCAGUAUUUCCUCUUUCAAUAUGCCACUAGGCAAAAAUAAAGGAACUUCAUUACACUCACAUCAUAACUAUUCCCCGUAGAACUGUUUUGUGUAUAAUAUCAAACCAGAAUAUUCAUGUUGAAAGUUGAUAUUUUAGCCAUUAUCUUUUGUAAACUCUUUUGGCUUCAGUAUUGUAAGUGAUCAAAAGAACAGACUGACUACAACAUGCAAAUUCACUAGAUGGCGAUGUUUAGUAACAAGCAGAUGUGGAACUGAGACGGUCAUAAUUCACUGGGAUUUUAAUGGUGCAGUUUUUCCUAACCUUCAUUGUUUUAGGGUUCACAUAGGCUUUUUUUUUUUAUCAACACAAACCAGGAAUUUGUUCCUUUUAAAUGGAUAUUUGGUAACUAUACAAUAGAGUCUCAAUUGUGUAUAUAUAAAUAAAUAAAUAAAUUAGUAAAUGUUGAGACUAAGAUUAAUAAUGCUGUAGAGUUAGUUCAUGUUAAAGUCCCCCCUGUGGUGAAAAUCAAGCUUUUUUGUU